UACUAACAUGCUGUAAUCGGUCAUAGAAGGCUGGGAUAAAAACAAUCGUCCGGUGCGCUGCAUCUCAGUAGGUCUGGAACGGCCGCCUUCAAGUGAGAGUAUAUGAAUCAAUAUCGGUCAUGUACGGAAUAGGUUUUAAAGUGUAUCAGCUCAUUUCUUUGGCCUUGGUUGGCAGUAGUUUUGGCUAUGGAGCUUAUGAUUUCAGCCACCUCAACAACCUGGGUGAUCAAAUAACUCGCAACGUGAACGAACAGCUCGCGCCACUUCAGGAUCUAGGCGCUAGGAUAUCCGCCAGCGUCAACCAGCAAUUAGAGCCCCUAAGAAACGGGAGGUUCUUUAAUAAUGUCUAUAACAAUGUUAACCGAGAGUAUGUGGGAUUGCAGAAACCUUUGAUCCAACCUUAUCAACCAUUUGCAGGAGCUAACAUCGACUUAUCGGGACUGGAUAAUCUCGGGGAGCAGAUACAGCAGAGCGUCUAUGAAGGGCUGGAGCCGGUAAGGGCGUUGGAGAUCACGACGAGGAUGAAGAACGGCGUGGGUGGGACCACGAUUGCAACCCAUCUACCAGAAGGUAAAAAAUUCAUAAUCACUAACAACCAAAUCAGCCAAUGCGACGGAUCCGUGUCAGACGACGGCAAAUGCAGUGGAUCCUUAACCCCCUUCAAAAUCAACGAAAAAAAGGACCACUGCUACAACAGGCAAGGCUUCUCCCUCGUGAACAACUACAUAUGCAUCGGUGCCUCGACCGUAUCAAUUGUAAACGGCCAAAUUAGUUGUACCAAUAGGUUCGGCACUCCUGCCUUGUUGAUAACGUUAGAAGAUUACAGGAAAUUAUGCGAAGGAAUAUCCACUUCGGUAGAGUACAAGUACAUCGCCAAUCCCCAAGAUUCGAAACACGUGGAGAUACCCAACAAGAAUAAGUAUGUUACAUGUUCGAAUAACCAACCAGGCGUGUGCGUAUUUACCGAAACUAAUGCUAUACCGAAUUCAAAUGCGAAUAUUAUCAUUAACAGCUAUAAUUCUGGAGCUUAUGUAAGCGUGUAGUGACAAUAAAACUUAUAUGUACUUACUUUGAAGCAACACGUGAUUUUAAUAAAAAUAUAUAUAUUUGUU